AGCAAACGUGUAUCAUUUUAGUUUCUUCACUUCACGUGUAUCUAUAACAUCAUUUUUCAUAAAUUUCAACUUUCAGGCAUCGAGCGAUAAUUCUUCACCUCUCUUUUCCGAACGCCGCAGGACCAAGCAGCAGCUCCGGGCACCACCGAAGCGAGUAGUACUAGUGACUUGACGCCAAUCCAUGGAGGUCUCACACGACGAUGACGACGACCACAUUAUCCUGCUCUGCACCAACACUGAUCCAAUCGAAACAACGCAAACCCUAAACGAUGAGAUUCUCGUGUCUACCACAGAUAUCCUCGCUUGGGAUUUCCCAACCAUUCUCACCUUCCCGACGAUUAAGGUUCAGGCACACCGCAAUAGGCUCGUUGAACAAUCUCUGUAUUUCCGUGGUCUUCUCGACGGGAGCUUCAGCGAAUCAUGCUUGGGCUCUAUCACUAUCAAUUGGAAUGUGAGCGAAUUUUUGCAAAUUCUCAAGCAUAUGUGUGGCUGCGUGUUGGAUAUUGCACUGGAUAAUUUCUUCCCUCUUUAUGAGGGUGCGCUUUAUUUUGGAGUGGAGACACUUCUCUUGAAGUGUGAGACAUGGCUUUCUGAGGCAUUCUCACCUAAAGGGUUUCAAUCUACUCAAAUACAACUAGAGGACUUGAUUCAAAUUUGGAAAUUUGGCUCGGACCUUGCAAGUGACUUUAUCCUGCACUUAUGUAUGGGCUACCUAGCAAGAAAUUUUAUGUGGGCAAAGCAUAGCAAUUUUUUUGGAAAACUUCCAUAUGACUUGCUGUUAUCUUCAGUAAAGCACCCUCACUUGACUGUUGACAGUGAGCUGCAUGUUUCUGAUGCACUUCUUCUCUGGCUUGAAAGUAACUUGGAAAAUUUUGAGAGGCCAAGCAAAGCUGAAGACGACUGCAAUGAAAUUUUGAAACAAAUUCGUGUAGGCCUUUUGCCUUUGUGGUUUGCUCUAGGAAAAAGAAACUCCCUUUAUUUUAAACAGCUGGCUGAGGAAAGCCUUGAUUCAAUUUUCAGACUAUUAAAUAUUGUUCCUAUGGGUUCACUGGAUACUUUUGAGUAUAGAGACUUGCAUCAUCUCAGGAUUAGGCUGACAGAAUAUUCGAAGAGAGUGAACCUUUCUGGUUGCCCGCAAAUAACAUCUACCAUACUUCUUCUGUCACUCAUCCCUCAAUCAUGUUUAACAGAUCCCAUGCAAAAGAAUAUUAUAAAACAAUUGUUUAUUAAUUGUGGUCAUCCUAUAAGAGAUAAAUGUGUGUUCACACAAAAUCUGUCAAAAACCUUAACCUUUGAAGCAGUUCAGGAGGUGGAUAUCUCUAAGUGUCGAUAUUUGCUUAUUGAACAUGCUGUUGAUUGCUUCUGCAAGUCCUUUCCUUCUUUAAGAAUAUUAAAAGCAGCUUAUCUUUUGCACAUUGGGACAAUCAGUUUCCUUCAAUUAUUGGAGACACGUCCUAUGGUCUGCGAAAUUGACUUGACUGUUGAUAUUACCCCAGUGGUACCGGCAUUAUUUACAGUUUUAUCCUCUAGUUCUGCUGUGCUACCACGGGUACCAGAGAAGCCUUAUGAAGAAGUGAAAAUCAUGCUAUUUAAUAGAUUUGGACCACCUCUUUCUAACGUUACAAAACUCACAUUGGAAGGAAGAACUGAUGUCAGUGAUUUGGGUCUUCGCUACAUCUCCAAAUUAUGUGGUUCAUUGCGUCACCUGAAUAUUAAAGGAUGCAUUUCUGUCACCGAUAUUGGAAUAUCAGACCUCAUAUCCACGUGUAGAAAACUUAAUUCUAUUGUGACUUGUGAUACUUCAUUUGGGAUAAAUUCAGUUCAAGCUCUUUGCUCAGCUAUUGAUAGUAGCAACUUCCCCUCGGUACACGCUAUAGGUAUUUCUGUGGUGUCUAAUUUGGAAACACUGCAUAUGGGUGGCUGCAGGGGUGUUUGUGAGUCAUCUCUACUAGAGCUUAUGUCUCAAACACAAGUUUUGAAGAGUUUAUGCCUGAGAGGGACUGACCUGGUUGACCAGGCACUGUAUAAUUUUGUAGGUUCUUCCUUGGAGAUGCUUGAUGUUUCAAACACUAAGAUUUCUGGGGCUGCAUUAGCUUAUGUUAUUCAUGGAAAUCCACGCUUAAAGUGUCUGAAAGCAAGAGACUGUAAAAAUUUGUUUCCGGGAGACAAUUGUGUUGAAAAGAGAGAAUCUAGCUUUUCCUCUUUGCAUGAAAAACUACAUGCUGAUUUAGGAAAAAUGUGUAGAUUGGAAGAAAUUGAAUUUGGAUGGGGCUUUUCUUCCUUCUCUUUGAGUGCUCUGGAACCUGCACUGAUGUCAUUAAAAACCAUCAAUGUAGGUUUAGGUGGAAUGUUGGGUGAAGAUGCUUUGAAACAAUUACCUGCAAUCUGCCCCUUGUUAGAAACAAUAAUCCUUCAUUUUCAGGUAAUAUCUGAUAUUGUUGUGAUAAACUUAAUUACUUCCUUGAAAAACUUGCAAGAAUUAGCUAUGUGCUAUUGUUUUGGUGAUAUAUCCAUGUCAAGCUUCAAAUUCCCUAUGCAAAAUCUAACAAAGUUGAGACUUGAAAGAGUAACCCGAUGGAUGACAAAUGAUGAUUUGGUUGUUCUAACUCAAAACUGCAGAAAUUUGGUUGAGCUUUCAUUGCUAGGGUGUCCUCUUCUUGACCCAGAUUCUCUACAGAUAAUUUCAUGUGGAUGGCCAGGCUUGGUCUCUAUCCAUUUAGAGGAAUGUGGAGAAGCAACAGCUAAUGGGGCUUCUGCUCUUCUUGGCUGCAAAGCUCUUGAAGAUAUCUUGCUGCGUCACAAUGGCCCUGGGCUAUACAGAAACUUCAUAGGUUAUGCUGCUUCAGAGAUGCCAUUGCUUCGAAAAUUGUCACUGGAUACAUGCGAUGCAAGUGAAGGUCAUUUUGACAUUCCAAAUUAUGCAGACAGAUACUGUUUGAGUACCUUGAAGAUAGCUAGAUGCAAAUCUCAAAGAUGUGCAUUAAAUCUCCAAGCCCCUGUCCCACGGUCUCGUAGAAGAUUCGUGCAUGCCGAGACACUGGUGCUUGUGUGGAACAGCAAAUAUCUCAUCGAAGAAGUGGUGAAGGAAAGGCUUUAGUAAUACAUGUCCGAGCAUUCUUUAGAUGAUUGGGGGUCUCAUCAUCCUUCUCUCAUCUGAUGGGUUAGUUUUAUAAGUGGUUUGGCGUCUAUAAGUAAAAUGAUUAGUGAUUAAGGCUGUGUUUGAAAUUUGAAUAGCCGUGCACGUUCCAAAGCACCUUAAUGAAGAAAGGAUGUCUCUGGAUGGAUUUGAAAUGAAUGCACAUUUGCCCUUUGCAAACGUAAAAACAAACACGCGCUAAGAUGGUAAAGAUGGUCAUUGUUAAUUAGUAAGCCAUCUGACAAAAUGAUGCUAAGUUGAUUGAGAAUUCAGCGUCAUCAAAAUGAUUUACUUUGAUAACGGUCGUUAAUGUUGCUCCGUCUUUAUUUAUUUAUUUAAACCUUUUGAGCAA